AUGUCGUCUACCUUAUCGAUGGAACAACAACAUCAUCAUCGACGACGACAAGGAGAGUCACUUCCGAUUUGGCCUCCUCCUCAAGCUUCAGUAUACGACGAGAACGAACAUUCCUCUUCAUCCGAUUCUGAAUCGUCUUCAUCUUGUUCUUCUUCUUCACAUCUCUUUACCCCUGGGAUGUCUCGCCCUUCAUCUCUCAUCACUUCUACAUCCUCAACCACAUCGUCACCUAAUUAUCCAACAUCACAUUUCUUACCCAAAUUAGUCUGUCCGACACCUCGAUUGUAUAACAGAGAUGGGAGAGCCGAGGUUGGAUCAGAUUUAAGUUUGAGGAAGCUGAGCAUAAAUACUGAUUUCUCAGUCGAAAGAGAAAUCGAAGAUGAUGAAGAUGAAGGUAACUUGAACACAGCAUCUGCUUAUAAUGAACCCAGAUCAAAUCCUACCGCAAAAUCAAAAUUAAUGAUAAAAGAGACAAAUGAAUCAUCGACACCUUUACCAUGUCCUUUAGGCGACUUUCAAACUGACAAUCUAUUAAAUGCGCCUCCAUCCCAUCAUCAAAAUACGAAUAAUCCAUCUGUACUAAGAUACCAUGAUGAGUCCGUUGCACCUCUGUCGCUUCAUCGCAAUAGUACCAAAAAUCACGAUGGGGAUCAUAAUUAUGGUGAUAGAUGCUCAACUCCGAUUUAUAAUCAUCCAGCUUCAGUUUGGGGCUUAUUCGGUGGUGGAUUAGAUUGUCAUACUUCUGAAUCUUGGUUAAAGAGGAAAGUAGCUUUUGUAACUGGUAUAACUGGACAAGAUGGAUCGUAUUUGACAGAAUUGUUGUUAUCGAAAGGAUACACAGUACACGGGUUGAUCCGAAGAUCGUCGUCGUUCAAUACAUCUAGACUUCAACAUUUAUGGAGAGAUCAACAUUCUAAAUCACCUAAUAAAUUGUUUUUGCAUUAUGGUGAUUUGACGGAUUCAGCCAAUCUCGUAGGCGUGAUCGCCAGAACUCAACCUAGUGAAGUAUAUAAUUUAGCUGCUCAAAGUCACGUCAAAGUUUCUUUCGAAAUGGCCGAGUACACAGGCGAUGUGGAUGGCAUAGGCACAUUGCGAUUGUUAGAGGCUAUUCGAACAUGUGGACUCGAGAAACUCACGAGAUUCUAUCAAGCUUCAACAUCUGAGUUGUAUGGCAAAGUUAAAUGUACACCACAAAAUGAAGAUACCCCUUUUCAUCCUAGAAGUCCAUAUGGAGUAGCCAAGUUAUACGCAUAUUGGAUGACUGUAAAUUACAGAGAGGCAUAUGGGAUGUUCACUUCGAAUGGUAUAUUGUUCAACCAUGAAUCACCGAGAAGAGGUCGAACGUUUGUUUCACGUAAAAUUACAAGGGCAGUAGCGGAAAUCUAUUUAGGUAAACAAGAUUGUAUGUGGAUGGGUAAUUUGGAUGCUAAACGUGAUUGGGGACAUGCUAAAGAUUACGUGGAAGGAAUGUGGAGAAUGUUACAACAUGAACAACCAGAUGAUUUCGUUUUAGCCACUGGAGAAACACAUACUGUUCGAUCUUUGAUAACGCUUUCAUUUUCAGUCUUAUCAAUACCAUUGAAAUGGGUUGGAUCGGGACUGGACGAACAUGCUUUUCGAAUGGAUAUAUCACCUCCUAAAAUAGUCGUUCGAAUCGAUCCAAGAUACUUCAGACCUGCAGAAGUAGAUUUAUUACUUGGUGAUCCAACAAAAGCUGAAAAUCAAUUGAAUUGGAAACGAAGAUGGGGCUGGGAAGAAUUAGUCAGAGAUAUGGUCGAAAGUGAUGUUAGGUCUGCUAAAGGUUUAGUUGAGGAUCAUAAUUAG